GAAACUUGCACAUAAGCUCGGCCCAUGUUAGGCCCACUUCUAUUUCGGGUCGGUUAAUCUUUUAGAAAAUCCAUAUACAUACAUAUUAUUUUGCCCCAAAAAUUCCAAAAAGUUGGCCUUUCCUUCGCGCACGGCGUCUCCGAUUAAUCAUUAGAUAAAAUGCUGCAGUUAUUUCUAUCUAAACCAUCUUGGAGGGAAAAUGCAACUGAUGAAACAGUCGAGCAGAGAAAAGCUCUUCUGAAUGAGCUAGAAUCAGUCAUCUGGUCAUUGAUGUUGGUGGAAGGGCGAUCUGAAUCUCGCCUUUGGCUUUGCAAUGCAGUCGCAGGGAUCAAGUCUAUAACACCACGUAAUCAACGUGAGUUAUUCAUGACUUUAUUGACGUGUAAGCCUCUAAAGCGGCCCUUAGUUGGACAACUUCUACAAUUGCUUUUCCAGAAGGAACCUCAGAAAGCAGGGCAUAUCAUUGCAAAGAAAUGCUUUUUAUUAGAGAAUUUCUUCAAAGGAAACCAAAACCGUAUUUUGCAGUGGUUCUCUAAUUUUGCUGGUACUGGUUAUGCGGACCAUACAAAGGGGGCUAAGGCACUAUCGCAGUUUGCCUUUGUGAAUAGAGACAUCUGUUGGGAGGAGCUCGAGUGGAGGGGAAAACAUGGACAAUCACCUGCAAUGGUUGCCACAAAGCCUCACUAUUUUCUUGAUCUGGACGUUGAGCGAACAGUGGAGAAUUUUCUUGAGUAUGUUCCUGGAUUUUGGUCAUCUAAGGAAUUUGCCGAGUCAUUAAAAGAUGGCGACAUUCUGACCAUUGAUAAUGAUUUUUUUAUCAAUAUGUUUAUUGACUUGAUGUACAAGGAUGAUUUGAAAGAAGUGUGGGAAAUUAUAGAUGAGUUUCUGAUUGAGCAAUCUUUCUCUUUCUUAUGUCAACACCUUCUCGUCAUUCUUGGGGAACAAGAUCUAAUGGUUUUCUUGGAUUUACUCCAAAGUUAUGCUAAACCAAGGUUGCAAAAGAUGGAUUGUCAUGAUUCUCUUGAUCAGUUGCUGGAGAUCAUCCUUUCCAAGUGGGAUGGCAAUAAUUCUCUUGAUCAGUUGCUUCUCUUGAAUGCAGUGACUACUCAACGUCGGCAACUUAUGCGAUUUAUACGUGAAGAAGGUAGUCAGGAGCAAAAGGAAAAGGUUAAGCAUGUCGUUUUCCAAAUUUGUUCACCAACAAUCCCUAAAGGUAGCUUUGCAACAGUUCUGCGAGAAUGCUUCAGAAGAAAAUCUGUAGAGACUAUAAAAUGGUUGGGACUGCAGUCUUGGGCUUUCUACUAUUAUUUAUCCGAGGAGUUCCAGCAUUCGAAUUCCUGGGAGAGUUUAUUUGUCGGCAAUGACAUAAGCUUUCGCAAAUCCAAGACUUAUCCAAUAUUAGAUCACGACCAGCUUCUGGAAGAAAGCGAGUCUGAGCAGGACAACAGGUCUUCAGCCAGAAAUAAGCGCAAGAAAAGGCAAAAACACAGAAAGAAAAAGAGAAGGGAUCUUGACUUCGAAGAAUUAGACGGAAUUGAAUUUGCCGAUGUUAUUGAGAGUAGACUGGAGUUGCAUCCGACAUCUGGUGACUGGUUGUUAUCUACUGAUGGGUAUUCUACUACUUGGAGCAGUGUAGACCUACCUGAGCAUAUAUCAAAGCAUUGCUUCUUCACGUGGAUGAAGUGGGUUUUUGCUGAAUGAAGAGAUGAUUUUUCACUCUUGGCAUGGGUUUGUUAUGAAACAACAAAAAGAUUUAUGGUCAUCUUAUGCUUUCCGCAUUCACCUUCUAAUGGAAGAAUUUGAAGAUUGCAGGUGAGGCAAAAGUUGCAUGUUGAUUUAUCACUCUGUAUAAGAAGAAUCUGUUAAAUGGCGCUUCUUCAUUGCCUCUUCUCCUGAUUGCAACUCUCUAUUUCCUUAUUGGAUCCUGCCUUGCAAAUCAAGUAUCUACCCGAGCAACUAUUCUUUACUGAUUGUGAAGAUUUCCUUUAUUACCAGUUGCCAGUGCCCAGGAAAUCUUGAAGUUUCUUUUCCAUCUAGUUUAGGUAACAAUAGCAACCGCAACAACCGCAGGGUCUUAUAAACUUGAAAACAAAAAAGUAACUAAGUUGGCCCGACUCCCUUAGGUUGUAUUCAGGGUUGGGCCAAGGCUGUAGCUCAAUUCACCUCUAGAUUUCUAUUGAUCUUGAUUAAUUUGUUCUA